CGUUUCCCCUGGGCAUGACGUUUCCCCCAGUUCUAGAAUUUCUGCCUGAGCGCACACUACCCUGCCCUUUGGAGGGCUCAGGGCUGGGGGGCAGGGGAAGUAGAAGCAGGAGAUGGGGUCAGUGGAGCCCCAGGCCCUGGUCGAGGGGCUUUUAGAAUAGGAAAUGAGCCCUACUCUGGAAGCUGUCAGGCUGGGGUCAGGGGAGGGAAAGGAGGGUGGGGAGAGAUUAGGGCACAGGACCUACCCCCCACUCCUUGCUUACAGGCAGCCAGGAUCCCCUGCAGGGCCCUUAUAGGGUCAAAUGUAGGCUGUGUCCCUGGGGAGGUGGUGGUCCGAGAGCAGACUGGCGGUGGCAUCUCGGGGUAGGGAUGCCUCUGCCUCAACAAGGGUCCAGAGCCUGGCUCUAGCCAGGAGGGUUUGGAGGACUGCAGGGCGGGGGUGGGUAGGUGACCCACUGGCCAGAGGACCUGGGCAAGCCAGACAGGACUGCUCCCCCCCCACCCGGCGCCUCCGACCAGCCUAAGUCCCGCCCGCGCCGCACCCCUGACUCACUUCCUUUGCAUCAAAACGGAAACCUCCCCAGAGCCGCCUCAACCCUGGGAGCUCCCUGGGGACCCGCAGGUGUUGCUGCGCCUCCAGGCCUGAGCUGGCCAGAGGGACCCGACUUACCCCACCCUCACCAGGAAGUCAGCGUUUUAUGCUGCUUCAGUGGCAGGCCCCAACGACUGGCGCCAGCAGGGGGCCUUCCUGGGGGGCUGGAGGCCAGCAGGGGCCUGAUCUGAAGCAGCUGCAGGGAGGGCGACUUGCAUGCCGAGCGCCCCGCACCAUGGACGGCGGCCAGCUCAGCUCGGAGCCCGCGGCCGGGGCCCCCGGCGUCCCCUGCCACAGAGUGGUCGCGCCGCUGCGCGCUGUGGUCCGCCUGCGCCGCCGCGUGUGCCUUCUGCGCAAGCGGCGCCUCCUGCCGACCGGCGUGGGCCCGCCCUCUGGGCCCGGGGCACCCCGGCCGGGCUGCAGCUCCGGGGCACCGCGCGCGGACCUGGACCGGCCAAGAUUCUUCACCUUCGACGGCCCGGCCGAGCUGACCUCCAGGACGCCGCGCAAGAGGCGCGGGCGCAGCCGCGUGGUGCUCUACCCCGAGACCUCGCGCAAGUGCCGGCCACGCGCGGAGCGUCGGAGCCGCGCUCAGCACUGCCUGUUGCUGCUCGUGGCCAUCGUGGGCUUCCAGGUGCUCAACGCCAUCGAGAACCUGGACGAUAACGCGCAGCGCUACGACCUUGACGGGCUGGAGAAGGAGCUGCAGCGCUCUGUGUUCGGCCAGCCGGCAGCCGUGGGACGCAUCGUAGCUCUGCUGCGGGACUACCUGGCCACGCACGUGCACAGCCGCCCACUGCUGCUGGCAAUUCACGGGCCCAGCGGCGUGGGCAAGAGCCAUGUGGGCCGCCUGCUGGCGCGCCACUUCCGCGCGGUGCUCGAGGACGGCGCGCUUGUGCUGCAGUAUCACGCCCGGCACCACUGCCCCGGGCCGCACGCCGCGCAUGACUGCCGCGAGCAGCUGGCACGGCGCGUGGCCGAGGUGGUGGCGCGGGCGGAGCUAGAGGAGAAGACCCCGCUCCUGGUGCUGGACGAGGUGGAGCUCACGCCGCCGGAGCUGCUGGACGAGCUGCACGGCUUCCUGCAGCCGCAGCGCUCGCACCACUUUCGUAACGCCAUCUACGUGCUCCUCAGCGGCGUGGGAGGCGCAGAGGUCACGCGCUUCGUGCUGCAGAACGCGUCCCAUGCGCUGCCCCUGAGCCGCGACGGCGCCCACAGCACCCGGGCCGCAGCGGCGGCGCUGCAGACAGAGGAGGAGCUGCGCGCCGGCCUGAAGGCGUUCCUGGUCCGCGAGCACCCACUGUGGCAGGCCGCGGCCAUCGUGCCUUUCCUGCUGCUGGACAAGCGGGACGUGGUCAGCUGCUUCCGGGACGAGAUGGCCGGGGAGGGCUUCUUUCCCGAGCAGGCCCGCGCCGAGUCCCUGGCCGCACAGCUCAGCUAUUACCGCAUCGCCGGCCGCGAGUUUGCUGUCACUGGCUGCAAGCAGGUGGUGGCCAGGGUGAAUCUCUUGUAGCCUAGGCGCAGCCGGACCCAGUGGACACUAGCUCCACGUUUGGGUCGAUGGCAGUAACCCAGUGGAGGGGAUUCUGUGGAUUUGCCCCAGGCCCCUGAGGCUCCUAAUAAAUCUAUGGCCCCCUUCCCCC